UACCUACUAAAUAAGUGGAGAGCGUGUUGCACUUUCAGGGAGAGAAUCUGUGUUGCAUAGGGUAAAACGUCUGCUUUACCAGAAAUAAGUACAUUGUAAUUAUUGAUUUCGCAAAUUACUUUUUCAGCACUAUUUUAAUGUACCUCACCCCGAAAACGCUACGUGGUACAUACCAGUAUCGUGUUACACACACCGUUCAUCCCAGUGGAGACAUUUUUCUUCAUUCGCAACAAAAAAUGGAGAAUCUUGCGGUGUCUCAUUUAAAGAACUCUGUACCCAAAGCGCGAAUGUUUAUUGUUUUUAUCACAAUGGUGAUGUGCACCGGUGGUCUCUUUCUGUUGCAGAAUACACUGUUGAAAACAACUAAAUCUAAAGGUUUCUAUUCUUUCCAAGUGAAGGAUUUGAAAGGGAGGACCGUUUCCCUUGAAAGGUUCAGAGGCAAAGCGUCUUUAGUUGUAAACGUGGCGAGUUAUUGUGAGCAAACAGACCGAAACUACAAAGGACUGCAAGAUCUACACCGAGAGUUGGGUACUUCACAUUUCAAUGUGCUGGCUUUUCCUUGCGGCCAGUUUGGAAAUACAGAGCCAGGAUCUAAUCGUGAUAUAGAGACGUUUGCAAAGGAAAAAUAUGGCUUGUCUUUUCCUAUUUUCAGCAAGAUUAAGAUAAUGGGUUCUGAAGCCGACCCUGCCUUUACAUUUGUUACAGGUUCAGCCAAAAAGGUGCCAAAGUGGAAUUUCUGGAAGUAUCUUAUAAACCCCCAGGGCCAGGUGGUAAAAUUCUGGAAGCCGGAAGAGCCCAUAGAGAACAUCAAAAAGGAUGUAGUAGAGUUAGUCAGAGAGAUCAUCUUAAAGAGAGUAGAACUUUAAAACCUGAACUGUUUGUGCCUACACUUCGUGGCCAGGUCACACCUUAAGCACUUAAAGUGCCCUGUUUGUCACCAGAAACUAAAACCGGGAAGUUGCCUUGAACAUGCCAGCAGUCUUUUCACACGUUGGCUUCAGAAGUACUCGCGAUGCUGCAAUGUGGGGACUACACAACAUUUUCUGUUCAAAGGAAUAUCAUUGACACACAUUGGACAAUGUAAUGUAGCACGAAUGAAUUUGUUUCAGAUCAGUGUUUUAACCGCAUAAGAUUAGUUGGGUGAUUCCUCUACACUUUUUUUUUUUUUUUUUUUUUUUUUUUGGUCCAUAAAAGGAGUACUGCAGAGGUUUGUAGACAGUUUAGAAUAGGGACCUCCACUAGAAUACCGAGGGACGAGCUAAAUAGGCUGAAUGUUUAAACCGAGUAUCCCAAAGAUCAAGAAUAAUGUUUUAACUGAACGCUCAUGAAAUCUACAACCAGUGCAAAAUUUGUCCAUACAUGUAAUCCAUGACUUUAGGAAUACUUUUACUCCUUUUGAUGCUUCCUUGAUUUUAGUUGGCAUACAGCUGUAUUACUGAGUUUUUAAAGUGUUAGGACAAAAUAUGCCUUGGCAUUAUCUAAUGUAAAUUAUAUAUUGAUAGUUAUUUAAUCUGAUGCAGCAGUUCUUACUGCACUCCAAAUGCUCUUUGACUAUAAAGCCUUGACAAAUGUGAAUUACUAACAGUGCUACAUAGUGACUAAAAAGAUGGGAUCAUGCAUUUUGUGGCCACAAGGCAAAAUAGGAUGUGCCAGAUAGAUGAGUACUGGAUAAAUUCAAAUUUGCCAAGAGUUAAAUUACAGGGCAACCUAUGCCAAGUGACUAAACAUCAUUUAUGCAUAUUCCUUUUUAAAAUAAUAUUUAAAAUGCAAUUUUAUAAAACAAAGAUUCUUGGUUUUAUGUAUACCUGUAGGAUUGACAUUGAAACUUGCUUUAGAUAGACUAUGUAUAUGUUCAGCAAAAUUAUGAUGGUGGAUUCAAAUUUACAUUGUCAUGUAAACCCAUGAGUCAGUCGUGUCAUGGAGGUUUUUAAGUUUACCUGUAUUUUAGCUUACCUAUAUAUUAAAAGCAGACAUAACUUGGUCACAGCAAAUUAGACUAUCGCUAAACCAAUGUUUGAAAUACUGUAAGCUAUAUUAACAUGUUUACCCCAGAUUGCAGCAUUUAAAUAAAGUAAAAACAAACUGCUAAGUUGCAUGAAUCUACUAAUUACAUGUAAACUUGCCUCUGGGAUACAUUCUUUAGAAAUAGAUACAGGCCCUGUUUACUUUGAAUUAAACAUUGUUAAUGGUGUAAACUGUCCAUUCAUAAUCGACUUCAGGAUAGUUGUUGCUGCACAUUUUUAUUACCACCACAUGUUAAGACUUGCCUGGCAUUAGUGUCGGCAUAUAUUACCCUGUGCUAAUGAAAACGGCACAGUAGAACUACAAGACAGCUCAAAUCAACCUUUAAUAACUCUAUCUUGAGCUGCCUAAAGGUUCUGAGUGUAUGUUUAGAAACAUCUUGGCACUCUGUUUAAUUUCAUCCAGGUUCAGGUAUUUUUUUUCAAGGGGGGAGGGGG